UUUUUUUUUGAGUAAAGAUUUAGCCCCCGUAACAAUACGAAGAGCGAGAAUGAGAGGUAGAGAUAGAGUGGGCUGGGAUAGCAACAGAGCACAUGGACGGCAGACGGCACGAAACUGGGAGCUUUCCACAAUCCAGAGAGGGUAUCGAGAAGAGCAACUUCAAAACUUUCUAACCAAAAGGCUAAGGAAGAAUCAGGAUGUGUGGGGAUAUGACAGAAGGGUAGUCCUGGAUAUCUACAGCCCGCUGAGGAAAUCAAAGUCAGGAAGGAGAUUUGGCUUUGUAAGAUUCUUAGAUGUUAAGGAUGAGGUUGUGUUGGAGCGCCAACUGGACCAAAUCACAGUAGAGGCAUCCAAACUGUGGGUUAACAGACCAAGGUUCAAGAAAGAGGAGCAAAGAAGCAGAGUUGUUAAAAGGCUAGUUGAGAAGAAUCACAUUAAACCAUGGAGAUCCUGUGUAGAGGUUGUGAAAGGAAAUCACAGGAUGAUAGCUAAUAAAAUGAAACAACCACAGCCUGUAAUGGAUGUUGGAUUCGAUCAAAAUAUCGAAAGAGGAGGAUUUCCUUUGGCUAAAAGGCUGUUACGUGGGAACUAUAUACUCAAUGGAAAUGAUACCGACAUUGCAAGAGAAUUCUUCAUGGAAGGGUAUUUCUCUUGUAAGGUAAGACCAAUGGGAGGACGAUUGGUUUUAUUAGAGGGUAGUGAUCAGGAUGAGAUCAAGGAUUUGGCCGAAAUAGUACCGGAGUGGUUGGGGCUGUGGUUUGAGGAUAUGAGUUUAGCUCAGAAUCUUGGUCCUUACAUAGUGAGAUUAAGGGUGCUUGUGGUGAAUCCGUUCACGGUUGAGACUAGGCUAGGGGCAGAUGGAAGGACACAGAUGACAAGUGUGAUGAUGACGACAUGGAUAGAGGCAGUGAGGUGGAGGCUGAGGUUGAUGUGGAAUCUACCCACGGGAAAAAUGAUGAGGGAUGAUGGUUCCAAAGAACAAACAGGAGAAGACUGCACAGCUAGAAGCAUUGGAAAAAAUCAAAACCUUCUUAUCACUAAUCAAGGGGAGACGACAGAAGAUAUAGGCUAUGUGCCUGAUAGCAUGAGUGAGCAUUUAAUGAAGAGUCAAAAACAAAAUUCAAAUAAUGUGCAAGGUGACUCAAGUGGGCUUUUUAGUCCACUUAUACCUAAAGAGCAAGAUCAAGGGGAGCCAUCUAUGGAGGGGAUUUGCAAUAAGUCAAAGAAAAACCGAAAACUGGAAGAGCUAAUGCCAAGAUUCUACUCAGGUGACCAAAACCAGAUAGCAGAUGAGUUAAUUGUAGACGGCGGUAUUGAAAAUAGGAAUAGACGUCUGCGCUUUGAGGUCAAUAAAACCAAUGGAGACCGAAUUUGGAGCUUUGCUAAGGAAAUUGGUGUUGUUGCUCAAGGGAAUGAAGAUGAGGUCUUGCAAAAGCUAAAUGCCAUGGAGGAAAGAGACAAAGAGUAGUAUAGAAGAGCAGUGGCUAAAGAGGCUGGCUCGAGGGGAAACAGAAGUGCAGAAUUAAAAUGAUUUUUAUGUC